AUGGCCUCGCCGUCUUUACAGAUAAAACUUGAAGGAGGUGGAAGAGGAGGGACAGGUGAUCCGACGCGAGAAAUUCUUCGCAGGAACAAAGCCUUACGGAAAAGUGAGCGCCGAGAGAGAAUUCUGACCCAGCGUUUCUGUCCGCUUCUUGUACCUGGCGGCGCAGGCAGAGAGCGGCGGCGAAGAGACCCGUCCACCAUAGCGUCCAUUCCCAGUCGCUACCAGGUGUUCUUCCACCGCUCAACACAGGCCAAAGGCUUCCAAAGUCAGAGUUCUCGCUUCCAGGAACACAUCAACGUUGAUGAUAGUCCGGGGCCCGGCAGCUACACCACUCCUCACUCGUCCCUCAACACCCACCCCACGUCCUCGUCUACUGCCGGCAGUGGAGGGUUGUUCCAGGCACCAAUAGCAGUGGCACCGGAGGAGAGAGGGGCGACUGGAGACGUCUCCCCCAGCCCCACCUCCUACCAUCCCUCCCACUGCCACACCAGAACCAGCCACGCCGUGUCAGCAGAGGCAGCUUUCAAAUCCAGAUCCAAGCGAUCGUCUCUCUCCUCCUCUUGCACUCUGACCCCAUCUCCUGGACACUACAACGGUCCAGGGCCAGCUGACUACUCUCCCCACACUCACCCUCUCUCCACCACCAACCCCUCUUCUCAUGCUCCACAGCAACAUCGUCAGAAACUGAGGAUAUCUGCCCCUGCCCUCCCUCUCCCUCCUCUCCCUCCCUCACCUGGCCCCGGACACUAUGAGACAAAGGGGUCCAUUGUAAGGUCUGAGUCAAUGAAGAUCGUGAAGCCCAGUGGGUGUGGCUUUACCUCCAACGUCGAUCGCUGGGGGUCGGAGGUCAAGCGUAACCAUGACAAUGAACCCGGACCAGGUUCUUAUGAUCUUGUAGAUCACUGCAAGAAGUCUUAUCUAUACAACCUGCACACAAAGUGGAUCUAG